CCACCGGUAUAAACAUUUUAAAAAAAAUCCAGUCCUCGAUCAAUGAUUUGGUGCCAGUUGUAUCUUACUAUUUGUCCUAUAAUUUAUAAGAAGUGAUGGUGACAACCCCAACUCGAUGGAAUUGAUAAAAACUAAGAAGGGGGAAUAUACCGCUUUCAAAGGUUUCAACCAUAGGAAAUGUCUAGGUUGGUUCAAUGGUUUUCAGCAAGCCUUCCAUUAUUUCCAUCAUAUUCAUUGCUUUCAAAGCUAUGGAAGACAAGACUGUCAGAUAUUGUAGUCUCUUCCCAAUCAUUCUUAUGAUCUGUUUUUGCUUCUUGAAGAGUACCACAUCUGAAGUUUACAACGUUGGUGAUGAGGAGGGGUGGAACUCAGAGGUAGACUAUGUUUCCUGGUCACGGAAAUACAAUUUCAGCGUUGACGAUGUUCUAGAGUUUAAAUAUAAUAAGGGGCAACACGAUGCCUUUGAAGUGACAGAGGCUACAUACCGAUCAUGUAAUACGAGCAGUGGAGUCCUAGCCAAGUAUGAGACUGGAGAUGAUCAAGUCAAGCUCACCAAAUCAAAGAAGUAUUGGUUCGUCUGCAACAUAAGUGGCCAUUGCCUUGGGGGUAUGAGGUUUGGAAUUGAUGUUAAAGCAGGAAACACCAGUACUAAUUUGGGGCCAACUCCAUCAGCCAAAUCUGGUAGCACUUAUGCCUUUGAAAGAUGGAGUUUGAGCCUCUUCCUCUUUGCAUCUGGAAUUCUACUCAAUGUAUUUUGUUGAUUAAAAAUUGCAGUUUAGGCACUACUUUCUGCUUUUUUGACGAUUACCUCCCUUAAAAUGAUUUUUAUCCAUUAUUGACCCAUCAUAAUUGAUUACUUUAAAUGUGAACUCUUUAAGUUAAUACAGUUACUGUUUAUCCCCUAA